AUGAUCCGAAUCUUUCCGGAUUUCAGCGUGCAGGUGACGGCCGCGGCGGCUGGCGGGGCGGCCGCGGGGGUGCCGGCCGGCGCCGGCAUGGGGAGGGCCAGCGCCGCGGCCAACGGCACCCCGCAGAACGUCCAGGGCAUCACCUCCUAUCAGCAGCGAAUAACUGCCCAGCAUCCUCUGCCCAACCAAUCUGAAUGUAGGAAAAUCUACAGAUAUGACGGAAUCUACUGUGAAUCUACCUACCAGAAUUUACAAGCAUUGAGAAAGGAGAAAUCCCGAGAUGCUGCACGCUCCCGCCGGGGAAAAGAAAAUUUUGAGUUCUAUGAAUUGGCCAAGUUAUUGCCUCUUCCUGCAGCCAUCACAAGCCAGCUGGACAAGGCGUCCAUCAUUCGACUUACAAUUAGCUAUCUGAAAAUGAGGGACUUUGCUAACCAGGGGGACCCUCCAUGGAACUUGCGAAUGGAAGGCCCACCCCCAAACACAUCCGUGAAAGGGAUACAAAUGUGGAAAUCUGAACUCUGCAUGAGAAAGACACCAUGUGAAGUUAUAGGUGCACAACGAAGGAGAAGCCCCAGUGCACUGGCCAUUGAAGUAUUUGAAGCACAUUUGGGAAGUCACAUUUUGCAGUCCCUGGAUGGCUUUGUGUUUGCACUAAAUCAAGAAGGAAAAUUUUUGUACAUUUCCGAAACAGUCUCAAUCUACCUAGGCCUCUCACAAGUGGAGCUGACAGGCAGCAGCGUCUUUGACUAUGUCCACCCCGGGGACCACGUGGAGAUGGCAGAGCAGCUGGGCAUGAAGCUCCCACCUGGGCGGGGUCUCCUCUCCCAGGGUACCACUGAGGACGGAGCCAGCUCAGCAUCUUCCUCCUCCCAGUCAGAGACCCCCGAGCCAGUGGAGUCAACCAGUCCCAGCCUGCUAACCACUGACAACACCCUUGAGCGUUCCUUUUUCAUCCGAAUGAAAUCUACUCUGACCAAACGCGGCGUGCACAUCAAAUCAUCAGGAUAUAAGGUGAUCCACAUAACAGGCCGGCUCCGACUGCGGGUGUCACUGUCCCACGGGAGGACCAUCCCCAGCCAGAUCAUGGGUCUUGUGGUCGUGGCGCAUGCCUUGCCUCCCCCUACAAUCAAUGAAGUCAGAAUCGACUGCCAUAUGUUCGUCACUCGAGUAAAUAUGGACCUCAAUAUCAUUUACUGUGAAAAUAGGAUCAGUGAUUACAUGGACCUGACCCCUGUAGAUAUUGUGGGGAAGAGAUGCUACCACUUCAUCCACGCGGAGGACGUGGAGGGCAUCCGGCACAGUCACUUGGACUUGCUGAAUAAGGGCCAGUGUGUGACGAAGUACUACCGUUGGAUGCAGAAGAACGGAGGCUAUAUCUGGAUACAGUCUAGUGCCACCAUAGCUAUUAAUGCCAAGAAUGCGAAUGAGAAGAACAUCAUCUGGGUGAAUUAUCUUCUUAGUAAUCCCGAGUACAAGGACACACCGAUGGACAUCGCACAGCUCCCCCAUCUGCCGGAGAAAACUUCGGAAUCCUCGGAGACAUCGGACUCUGAGUCAGACUCUAAAGACACCUCAGGUAUUACAGAGGACAAUGAGAACUCCAAGUCGGAUGAGAAGGGGAACCAGUCGGAGAACAGCGAAGACCCGGAGCCCGACCGGAAAAAGUCGGGCAGCACGUGCGACCAGGACAUGAACUGCCACGACCAAGGCCACAGCUCCAGCCAUCCCGACAGCCGCGACAGCGACGACAGCUUCGAGCACUCGGACUUUGAGAGCCCCAAGGCCGGGGACGAAGGCUUCGGUGCCCUGGGCCCCAUGCAGAUCAAGGUGGAGCGCUACGUGGAGAGCGAGUCGGACCCGCGGCUGCGGAACUGCGAGUCCCUCACGUCGGACAGCGCCAAGGACUCGGACAGCGCGGGCGAGGCGGGCGCGCAGGCCUCCAGCAAACACCAGAAGCGCAAGAAGAGGCGGAAACGGCAGAAGGGCGGCAGCUCCAGCCGCCGGCGCCUGUCCAGCGCGUCGAGCCCGGGCCUGGACGCGGGCCUGGUGGAGCCCCCGCGGCUGCUGUCCUCCCCCAACAGUGCCUCGGUGCUCAAGAUCAAGACGGAGAUCUCCGAACCCAUCAACUUCGACAACGACAGCAGCAUCUGGAACUACCCGCCCAACAGGGAGAUCUCCAGGAACGAGUCCCCCUACAGCAUGACCAAGCCCCCCACCUCCGAGCACUUCCCAUCCCCGCAGGGCGGCGGGGGCGCCGGGGGCCUGCACGUGGCCAUCCCCGACUCGGUCCUCACCCCGCCCGGCGCAGACGGCGCAGCCACCCGCAAGACUCAGUUUGGCGCCUCGGCCCCCUCGGCCCUGGCCCCCGUCACCUCCGACCCUCUGUCGCCCCCGCUGUCGGCAUCCCCGCGGGACAAGCACCCGGGGGGCGGGGGCGGCGGCGGCGGCGGCGGCGGAGGGGGCCCCAGCGCGUCCAACUCCUUGCUGUACACCGGGGACCUGGAGGCGCUGCAGAGGUUGCAGGCGGGCAACGUCGUGCUCCCGCUGGUGCACAGGGUGACCGGGACCCUGGCGGCCACCGGCACGGCCGCGCAGAGGGUCUACACGACGGGCACCAUCCGCUACGCGCCCGCCGAGGUGACCCUGGCCAUGCAGGGCAACCUGCUGCCCAACGCGCACGCUGUCAACUUCGUGGACGUUAACAGCCCGGGCUUCGGCCUCGACCCCAAGACGCCCAUGGAGAUGCUCUACCACCACGUGCACCGGCUCAACAUGUCCGGACCGUUCGGCGGCGCCGUGAGCGCGGCCAGCCUGACGCAGAUGCCCGCGGGCAACGUGUUCACCACGGCCGAGGGGCUCUUCUCCACGCUGCCCUUCCCCGUCUACAGCAACGGCAUCCACGCCGCACAGACGCUGGAGCGCAAGGACGACUGA